AUGCCAAAAGAGCGGCGUUCGUCACGGCCGCCGGGAGACUCACGCCCGGCGUUUGCUCGCCCUCCUGGCGCGCCCUCACCAGACUACGAUGACGAUCAAUAUGGCGACCCACGAACUGCUCCCAGAAAUUCGCAGCAUCGCGACCGGCGGAAAGCGAAGGAGUCGCCGGCAGCAUCACCAGCUGAUAGAGACCGACGGAGGCGGCACCACUCACGACAGGCCAGUAGUCCGACAAAGGAUCGUGCCAAAUACUCCUCCGGCGCAUCAGCCAACAGUGGAUCACAUUUGCUCAGUGCAGAUGCGCUAUCGAAAUUGAACGCCCACAAUCAGGGCGCAAGAUACGAUGAGAAACGAGAUAAGGAUAAAAGGCAGCGGAAGGAAUACAAGAACAUCAAGACUGCACCAGAUCCUGUGCAUCGGAAACGAAAACGGAAGAACCGAGAUGUGAGCGGCGCCGUCUUGGAGGAAGGACGAGGCAAAAGACACAAUCGAAGACGAGAGUCAUACAAUGAGAAGGGGGCGCAUAGGAGAGACGAUCCAGAUUCACGCAAACGACGGAAAAGAAUCUACAUCUUUAUAGGAAUUGCACUUCUCUUGCUGGCCAUUCUGAUACCUGUGGCAGUAGUUGUCAGCAACAAAAACAAGGGCGGAGGAUCAGGGAGCGGUAAUGCGAGCAAUGCAGGUUCUGGAAGCGGUAAUGCUUCACCAAGCAAUACCUGUGACAAGUCAGACACUCCGGCCGACGCCAAAGGCACGUACACAGAUAUCUCAACGUGGAUGGACACUACCGAUUUCAAUUGCACUUUUACAGAUGAGACAGUUGGUAAUCUAUCAGUCAUGGGUCUAUACAGUGAGUGGGAUGAUUCCGCGAAGGCCAACGACAACGUGCCUGCUCUCAAAGAUGACUGGGAGUACGGCAAGAUGCCUAUCCGUGGCGUCAACAUCGGUGGUUGGCUCGUGAUUGAGCCCUUUAUCACACCCUCGCUAUUCAACUAUCCGGCCUCGGCCAACGUUGUCGACGAGUACACUCUCACAAACAAGCUCGGCAGCCGAGCCGCCAACACCAUCGAAUCUCACUACGCAUCUUUCAUCUCCAAGGAUGAUUUCCAAAACAUCCGGGCAGCUGGGUUCGACCAUAUCUCCUGGCGCUAUCUCCUCCGAGCCAUAGAAUGGUGCCGCGAAAAUGGCUUACGAGUCAAUCUGGACCUGCACUCCGUCCCUGGCAGCCAAAACGGUUGGACGCAUUCUGGCCGGCUUGGAUCCAUCAAUUGGAUCUCCGGCCCGCAAGGCUCUCUCAAUGCCCAAAGAUCACUUGAAAUCCACGAGCAGCUUGCCACUUUCUUCUCUCAACCCCGCUACAGCAACAUCAUCACGAUCUACGGCUUGGUCAACGAGCCCAAAAUGAUCGACCUCCCUAUGGCAUCUGUGGUUGACUGGAACACGCAAGCCGUCUCAGUCAUCCGCAAAGCUGGCCUCACACGCCCGUACCUUCCCUUCGGCGACGGCUUCCUCAAGCUGUCUGACUGGCAAGGCGAAUUCCAGAACGUGGACGAUAAGCUCGUCUUGGACACUCACCAGUACCAAAUUUUCAACACAGGCCAGUUGCCCCUCAACCACUCCGCCCGCAUUGCGCUCUCCUGCUCCGGCUACACUGGUCUCCUCGUUGCCUCCAACAAUCCACAAUCCGGCUGGGGCCCGACGAUGGACGGCGAAUGGUCGCAAGCCGACACCGACUGCGCGCCCUUCCUCAACAACGUCGGCGUCGGCUCACGCUGGACCGGCACGCUCAACUUCGGGAGCAACGAAGACGAUAUCAAGCAGAACUACAAGCAGUUCCUGCAGAUGUAUGCCGAGGCACAGAUGGAUAGCUUCGAGAAGGUCUGGGGCUGGUUCUACUGGACUUGGAAGACGGAGAAUGCGGUGCAGUGGAGCUGGAUGUUGGGACUGCAGGCGGGAAUUCUGCCUGAGAAGGCGUAUGCCUCGAAGUUCAAGUGUGGCGAUGAUGUACCGGACUUCAGUGGGUUGAGUGGUAGUGCGAGGCGAUGA